UGUGAUGAAGAAGAUGAUGAAGACGAUGAUGGCGGCGCGGUGUAGAGGAUGAAGGAUGGUCGCGGUGGUGUCGCACCACGCAUGGCCCGAUCAACAAACCGAAGCUCCGGGUCCGAGCGGGAGGCGGCGGAGGCGCGUGAGCUGUCCCUGGAGGAGGUCCUGCGCUCCUACGAGCAGCCACUGAACGAGGAGCAGGCCUGGGCCGUGUGCUUCCAGUGCUGCCGCGGGGAGCGCGCGCACACCGCCCGGUACCGGUACCGCCACCGCGCCAAGGGGCCUGACUCCAUCCUACUGCACCGGGACGGUACCGUCACCCUGCGGCCCGACACGCGCACCUGCACCGCUGAUGGAGAAGCUGCACCUGCUCCACCGGUCCAGGAGACCGAGCUGGUCCAGUCCAUGGGCGUGGCCAUCUACCGUGCUCUGGACUGGGGAUUGGCUGAGAGUGAGGAGCGUGAGCUGAGUCCGCAGCUGGAGAGGCUGAUCGAGCUCAUGGUGGCGGGGGAGAACGACGAGUCCGCCGAGUGCAUCAGCAACACCACCAAGGAUGAAGGCUACAGCGGCCCAGAGGAUGAAGAAGACGAGGAGGACGAGGAGGAAGAGGAGGCGGGACGCAUGCACGCAGUGCGCACGCUUGGGCAGGUGAUGACGCUGUGCGCCAGGAGACUGGCCAACCCGGCCGUGGCUCCCGAACACUACCAGGCCGUGUGUAGAGCGCUGUUCCUCGAGACUCUGGAGCUUCAGACCUUCCUCUGCAGGAUCAGAGAUGCCAAGGAGAUGUUGAAGAGGAUCAGGACAGAGGAGUCUCAAGAGGAGCGCUGUGCUGCUGAACUGGACAACCUCAAACACACAGACUGGGCUCGGUUGUGGGUGCAGUUGAUGCGGGAGCUCAGGCAGGGUGUAAAGCUGAAGAAUGUGGAGCAGCAGCCGUUCGAUCCUCUGCCCACUGAGUACAGCCUCACACCGUUCGAGAUGCUCAUGCAGGACAUCCGGUCUCGCAGAUACACACUGCGUAAAGUGAUGGUGGAUGGAGACAUUCCGACCCGAGUCAAACAGAACGCUCACGAACUCAUCCUAGACUUCAUCAGAUCCAGACCUCCACUCAAACCUGUGUCCGAGCGCAGUCUCGCCCCGCGGCCGCAGGAGCAGCAGUCUCUACACGAGCGUGUGUUAGCCGAAAUCCGCCAGGAACACAAACUGCGUCCGGUGGAGAGGCGGAGCUCCAAGAGACCGUUUGGUUCUCUCCCCUGUCUGGCUUACUCCUGUCACUGUGACCUCAAAUCCACUUCCUGUAUUGACUUGUCAGUCACAGAAGGUGGGCUCCGCCCUCUGCCCCGACCUCGGGUACUCCUGAAAGCCCCCACACUUGCUGAGAUGGAGGAGAUGAACCUGUUUGAGGAUGAGGACUCUCCUGACGGUGGUGAGUGUGUGGAGAGUAAGAUGAAGCGCGAUCGUUCAUUCUCGGAACACGACCUGGCCGAGCUGCUGCAGAGUGAGACAAACGAAACGAGCACCUCUGUGUAUGUGCGUGGAGAGAGACCACGCUCGUACACACACACUGGAACCACACACACACGCCCACACCGAGCUUCACUCCCUGUGAUUGGCUGGUCUCCUGCAUCUCCUGCGUGCCGCUCUCUCAGUGAGGUGGAGGAGAUCAGCGAGGCAUCAGCACCAUCCAAAAGCCUCAGUGCUAACCAGUGGAUGGAGGAGUUCAGCCACCCGGUGGAGAGUUUGGCGUUAACCCUUGAUGAGGUCAUCAGCGUGCGCCGUGUGCUGGUGAAAGCCGAGAUGGAGAAGUUCCUCCAAAGUAAAGAGCUUUAUAACAACCUGAGGAAGGGCAAGGUGUGCUGCUGCUGUAGGGUGAAAUUCCCCCUGUUCUCUUGGCCUUCUUCGUGCCUGCUGUGUAAAAGGUCGGUGUGUGGCUCUUGCAGUGCGAAGAUGAAAAUGCCAUCUAAGAAGCUAGCUCACAUCCCCGUGUACGCUGUGGGCUUCCAUAGCAGCCCGAGGAGCCACAGCCAGCGCAGCGAUGUCUACAAGUCUCUGCGCUCGCUGUCCCGCCGUGCCGUCGAAGACGAGUUUCCGUACCUCUACGUCGCAGGCUGCACUCUGAGAGACGUUUGCGCCGAAUGCACCAAGUUCGUCGCAGAUGUCGUUUCUUCCAGCCGCCGCAGCCUCGACAUCAUCAACAACACCCCUAAAAGAGAGAAGCCACGCCCUCGCCCUACCUCUCAUUACACCCCCAUGCCCCCAAGAGGCGGAGUCAACUAAGACAAUGAUUGACUGAGCAAGUGAUGGGUGUUGCUUCGCUGGGCUGCUCUUCUUUAGACACGCCCCCUGAAUUGUUGGCCCCGCCUUGGAGUCAGUGAUGUCACUGAUUAGGAGCACUGUAUUCCUGCCUUCACAGAGUGACCUUUGACUUUGACAUGAUGGCUGAUUUGCAGUUCUGAAUGCUUGGUGCUGUUUUGCUGAGCAGAUUUAUUAGACACGCCCUGACACGCCCUUAGGCUGCAGUCCCCACCCUCUGACCUAAGAUUACGUAAUACACUCUGCCUACAUGAGGAACAUAGACCAUCAUAUUCCUGCCUUUUGGCUCCUUUGAACCCGAUCUUGCUCCCUGUCCCCGCCCCUAACGUAACUUGCUGUUUGAUAGUAUAGCUCCGCCCACACAAGGACGCGCACCACCAUAUUCUUGCCUCAGCUUUGUGACCCCUGACUCUGAUAG